AUGCCCAAUUGGUAUUACGAUAAAAAGGAUCUGCGGAAUACACCGUCGAGCAAAGACGGCAUUGAGUACGACACGGAACGGCGAUAUAGGAAGGAAGGAGCCCGAUUCAUUAUGGAGGCCGGCGCAACGAUGAGCUUAGGACACAACACAGUGGCCACGGGGGUGGUGUAUUUCCAUCGGUUCUACAUGUUCCACUCUUUUCGCACUUUUCCACGCUACGUAACGGCCAGCUGCUGUUUGUUUUUAGCCGGGAAGGUAGAGGAAACACCAAAGAAGUGCAAGGAUAUUAUCAAAACCGCUCGUGUUUUGCUACCGGAUGAAAAAUUUCAAUCAUUCGGCGACGAUCCGAAGGAGGAGGUAAUGACUUUGGAACGGAUCUUGCUACAGACUAUCAAGUUUGACCUGCAGGUCGAACAUCCGUACUCGUUUCUCGUCAAGUAUGCCAAAUGCCUCAAGGGGGACGCGGCGAAAUUGCAAAAAAUGGUUCAGAUGGCUUGGAACUUCGUGAACGACUCACUUAGCACUACCGUGUCGAUCCAGUGGGAACCUGAAAUUAUUGCCGUGGCGCUGAUCUAUCUGGCGAGUAAACUUAGUAAAUUCACCGUAGUGGACUGGGUGGGAAAACAACCCGAACACCUGAAGUGGUGGGAUAUGUUCGUGCAGGACGUAACGAUGGAGAUCUUGGAGGAAAUUUGUCAUCAGGUGUUGGAUCUGUAUCAGCCAGCACAAACGGAUAAUGCACCGCCCGAUAGCCCUCCCCAGCUUCCUCCUAGCAAGGCAUCGCCCCCGAUGAAACGGGCUAAUAUUUCGCCUAUAGGCAGUAAAAACUCACCCAACAUUGCCGUUAAUCAUACAGUCAAAACUCCACUACCACCGUUGCCACCUACUGAUAUAGAAUCCAAUCCGAUUCCAAAGCACAUAACCACGGAUACGUCUCACUAUUCGUAUCCGCCGUACGGAAUGCAUCAAGGUCCGCCGAUCCCUCCGCAGAGCCAUGGACCGCCUCCGCCGUACGGUUCUAUGCCCCCGGCAAUGCCUCCACAACCUCCCCAAGCGUGGCAACAGUAUCCACACGCCAACAAGUAUUAUCCGCCGGGUUUACCACCGCCACGAACCAGCUACUAUCCUCCGCAGUAA